CGUACGUCGUCUGCUAACAAAGCACUGUUUGCCCACCAUUCUGUCAAAUUCAAUUGGAAUCAAAGAUGGCCUCCCACUAGCACUCUAGGUCGUUGGUUUUAAUGCUUUGUGAUUGGUAGUGUGAGAAUUAUUAGUCACAGAAUACAGGAAAAAAAAAAAAAAGAAUUAUGUGUAACACGAGAGUGAAAUCUCUGUCAACUUGCAUACUCAUUGGUGAAACAGUUGUUAUUAUCAUAAGAAAUAUGUGAGGUUAUACGUGAUUUAAAGCUAGUAAAGUUGAUGAUACGAGCAGUAAUGUCCGAAGUAGACGUAGUGAAAGGUUUGAAGAACGUAUUAGAAAGAAUUGGCGUUGCGUCUUCAAAAAGGUCUGAGAACUUGCCGAACAUCACCCCUAGGCUAGUUGCAGUAAGCAAGACGAAGCCAGUGGAACUGAUAACUGCUGUGUACAAUGCAGGGCAGCGCCACUUCGGAGAGAACUAUGUGCAAGAACUGGUGGACAAGGCUCACAAUCCAGAGGUGCGGGCCAAGUGCCCCGAUGUCCGCUGGCACCUGAUUGGCCACCUGCAGCGCAACAAGGUGAACAAGGUGGUGGGGGUGCCGGGCAUCCACCUGGUGGAGUCGGUGGACUCCCGGACCCUAGCGAGCGCGCUGGACGCGGCGUGGGGGAGGCGGGCAGCCGGCCAGCUGCGAGUCAUGGUGCAAGUGAACACCAGCGGUGAGGCAGAAAAAAGCGGUUGCAAGCGAGAAGAAGUCACAGAAGUUGUAAAACAUGUCGUGGAAAACUGCACAAAUUUGCAGUUUGUGGGCUUGAUGACGAUUGGCAAAUAUGGUUAUGACCCAUCGCAAGGACCAAACCCUGAUUAUGUGUCGCUGUUGGAGGUGCGGAAGGACGUGUGCCUCUCGCUGGGUGUGGACCCGAGCCAGCUGGAGCUGUCCAUGGGCAUGUCCGACGACUUCGAGCAAGCCGUGGAGAUGGGGAGCACUAACGUGCGUAUCGGAAGUGCUAUAUUCGGACAUCGGGAGAAAAAACAGAAAUCUAUCACAGAAGAAAGCUGAGAAAAUAGUAUAAACACAAUUAUUUUAAAAAAUUCAUAAAUAUUACAUUUAUUUAACAUAUAAUAACAUUCAUGUUUCCUGUGUGCAAAAAAUGUUUCAUUGAAAACUUUAUUGUUGAGUAAAGCUCAGAUAUAGCUGGUUACAAAUAUGUACAUAUGAAAAAAUAAUGCAACCUCUAAAUAAAAAUACAUAGGACACAUUUUAACAAAA